UCUUCGGCCUAAUCCCGUAAAUCCGCCGAACCGAAGGAUUUGGUAAAUCGGCAAUUUUUCCGUCAACUGCGGCUUCCAUUAUCGCGAGAUUUGAUUUUGCGUUUUUUAGCCGUUUGGCGGGAUUUAGCUCAAAUCCGCCUCAAUAAAUCCUGCAUCCAAACAGCCGGAUUAAAUCAUUAGUAAAGUAAAAUCCUUUUAGGUUUGGUUUUGUAAGUUUGGAAAAUUUCUUACUGAGGAUGUAAAUGCCUUCCUCUAUAGAAAUCUAACUAGACCUAUUUAUAUGUAGCAUUGGUUUUUACAGUUUUGCUACAAAUGAAUAUAGUAAUGCAUUCCUCUAUGGAAAUCUAACUAGAGCUAUUUAUAUGAAGCAAUUGUCAGGGUAUAUUAUUCAGAGGGAGACUAGAGCAUGUAAGCUUAACAAGGCUAUUUAUGGACUAAAGUAAAAUCCUUAGGCUUGGUUUUAUAAGCUUUACAAAUUUCUUACUCGGUCUAGUUUUUAUAGCAACAGUAGAUGUCACACCUUCUUUGUCAAAAACAUCUCAUUUGGCUCCAUUAUCUUGGUUGUUAAUGUAAAUGAUAUUCUUCUUAUAGGGAGUGAUAAAAAAGAGGUUUUUGAUGUAAAAUACUACUAAAAGGUGAUUUCUAAGCAAAAGUAAUGAACUCCACUCAUACUUCUCCAUGAGUUUUAAAUCCUAUUUGACACUUUGUAGAUCAUCUUUUUUAUCUCUAUAAGAGUAACACUGAUUUUGCUACAUGUAGGCUUUGCAACAAAAUAAUUGCAUAAUAUUAUGAAAGAAGCCUUUAUUGAGAGGCACUUGUGGUCAUGGAAAUGCAAAUGUAGCAAGUAUAUAUUAUUUUUGGCAUGUAAUUUGAUAUAUGCUGUUUAUCAUGAUUCUAAUUCUGGUUAUUUGCUUGUCAAAUAACACUUUGUGAUGGGGACAUCGAUCCGAGGUUUCGACGCGUCUAUCAGAGGCGACACCGGAGAUCGAUGGCCACGAUUGAGAGCAGUGAAUCCUAACCAUGGCUGAUGAAGUCUACCUAAAGAGUUGGGUUUCGGACAAGUUGAUGUCACUAAUGGGAUACUCUAAGAGUUUGGUUGUUCAAUAUGUCAUCAGGCUAUCCAAAGAGUCGUCUUCACCUACUGAACUCGUGGGCAAGCUUGUGGAAUAUGGCCUGUCCUCCUCGAAAGAUACUCGAUUAUUUGCUGAAGAGAUAUUUGCCAAAGUUCCUCACAAACCAUCUGGUUUAAGUAGUUACCUCAAAGAGGAAAGAGAGGCCAUCCAAUUAGCAAAAAAGCAAUUGAGUUACAAGCUGCUAGAUUCUGAUGAUGAGGAUGAUAGGGAUGAUCAAGCUUCUAUGGGAGGUGCUUCGCAUGCAUCAACAAAAGGAAAUGAUCAUAGAAAACGAUUCAGAAAGAGCCAUGGAUCUCAUGGAGAUGAUGAUGAUGAGGCUAUUGAGUUGGAUAAGGAAAGACAAGUUCGAAGCCGUUUAUCUCCAGAAAAUUAUGAUCUUGAGUCAGAGGAAGCUAUGAUCUGCGAUCAAGAAGAACGUUUGCAGUUGGAAAGGAACAUGAGAGAAAAAGAUGCAGCAAGAACACGCAAG